AUGACAUACAGGACUUCAGGUAACGCGAAUUCCACUUUGCUGAUUACCCUCCAAGAAUCUGCCAACAUCUCCUUUGAGAUUGAAUCAGAUGACCAGUCUAGUGAAGUACAACUUGAAGAGGAAGAUGAUGAAAUGGAGUCAACAGUGUCACCUACUGACCCACCACAGAUGUUUAGAUCCUUGAGCACAGACGGAGAAAGUAUCGUUAAAGCUUUUGCAACUGCAAGAAGUCCAGCAAACUAUACCCUGAUUAUCUACACCAGAAAUCCCAAUGAAAGUGUAGAAGUGGCUCUUGAAUUGAGCACAGACGGAGAAAGUAUCGUUAAAGCGUUUGCAACUGCAAGAAGUCCAGCAAACUAUACCCUGAUUAUCUACACCAGAAAUCCCAAUGAAAGUGUAGAAGUGGCUCUUGAAACAUCUCCUGGAAAUGCAUCUUAUGAUGUAAGAUCUAUGAUUACAGGUGACAUGAAAGCAUUGAUUAUGACAUACAGGACUUCAGGUAACGCGAAUUCCACUUUGCUGAUUACCCUCCAAGAAUCUGCCAACAUCUCCUUUGAGAUUGAAUCAGAUGACCAGGCCAACAUCUCCUUUGAGAUUGAAUCAGAUGACCAGUCUAGUGAAGUACAACUUGAAGAGGAAGAUGAUGAAAUGGAGUCAACAGUGUCACCUACUGACCCACCACAGAUGUUUAGAUCCUUGAGCACAGACAGAGAAAGUAUCGUUAAAGCGUUUGCAACUGCAAGAAGUCCAGCAAACUAUACCCUGAUUAUCUACACCAGAAAUCCCGCCAACAUCUCCUUUGAGAUUGAAUCAGAUGACCAGUCUAGUGAAGUACAACUUGAAGAGGAAGAUGAUGAAAUGGAGUCAACAGUGUCACCUACUGACCCACCACAGAUGUUUAGAUCCUUGAGCACAGACGGAGAAAGUAUCGUUAAAGCUUUUGCAACUGCAAGAAGUCCAGCAAACUAUACCCUGAUUAUCUACACCAGAAAUCCCAAUGAAAGUGUAGAAGUGGCUCUUGAAACAUCUCCUGGAAAUGCAUCCUAUGAUGUAAGAUCUAUUAUCACAGAUGACAUGAAAGCAUUGAUUAUGACAUACAGGACUUCAGGUAACGCGAAUUCCACUUUGCUGAUUACCCUUCAAGAAUCUGCCAACAUCUCCUUUGAGAUUGAAUCAGAUGACCAGUCUAGUGAAGUACAACUUGAAAAGGAAGAUGAUGAAAUGGAGUCAACAGUGUCACCUACUGACCCACCACAGAUGUUUAGAUCCUUGAGCACAGACGGAGAAAGUACCGUUAAAGCGUUUGCAACUGCAAGAAGUCCAGCAAACUAUACCCUGAUUAUCUACACCAGAAAUCCCAAUGAAAGUGUAGAAGUGGCUCUUGAAACAUCUCCUGGAAAUGCAUCCUAUGAUGUAAGAUCUAUGAUUACAGAUAACAUGAAAGCAUUGAUUAUGACAUACAGGACUUCAGGUAACGCGAAUUCCACUUUGCUGAUUACCCUCCAAGAAUCUGCCAACAUCUCCUUUGAGAUUGAAUCAGAUGACCAGUCUAGUGAAGUACAACUUGAAGAGGAAGAUGAUGAAAUGGAGUCAACAGUGUCGCCUACUGACCCACCACAGAUGUUUAGAUCCUUGAGCACAGACGGAGAAAGUAUCGUUAAAGCUUUUGCAACUGCAAGAAGUACAGCAAACUAUACCCUGAUUAUCUACACCAGAAAUCCCAAUGAAAGUGUAGAAGUGGCUCUUGAAACAUCUCCUGGAAAUGCAUCUUAUGAUGUAAGAUCUAUGAUUAUGUUUAGAUCCUUGAGCACACACGGAGAAAGUAUCGUUAAAGCUUUUGCAACUGCAAGAAGUCCAGCAAACUAUACCCUGAUUAUCUACACCAGAAAUCCCAAUGAAAGUGUAGAAGUGGCUCUUGAAACAUCUCCUGGAAAUGCAUCUUAUGAUGUAAGAUCUAUGAUUACAGGUGACAUGAAAGCAUUGAUUAUGACAUACAGGACUUCAGGUAACGCGAAUUCCACUUUGCUAAUUACCCUCCAAGAAUCUGCCAACAUCUCCUUUGAGAUUGAAUCAGAUGACCAGACUAGCGAAGUACAACUUGAAGAGGAAGAUGAUGAAAUGGAGUCAACAGUGUCACCUACUAACCCACCACAGAUGUUUAGAUCCUUGAGCACAGACGGAGAAAGUAUCGUUAAAGCUUUUGCAACUGCAAAAAGUCCAGCAAACUAUACCCUGAUUAUCUACACCAGAAAUCCCAAUGAAAGUGUAGAAGUGGCUCUUGAAACAUCUCCUGGAAAUUCAUCUUAUGAUGUAAGAUCUAUGAUUACAGGUGACAUGAAAGCAUUGAUUAUGACAUACAGGACUUCAGGUAACGCGAAUUCCACUUUGCUGAUUACCCUCCAAGAAUCUGCCAACAUCUCCUUUGAGAUUGAAUCAGAUGACCAGUCUAGUGAAGUAGAACUUGAAGAGGAAGAUGAUGAAAUGGAGUCAACAGUGUCGCCUACUGACCCACCACAGAUGUUUAGAUCCUUGAGCACAGACGCAGAAAGUACCGUUAAAGCGUUUGCAACUGCAAGAAGUCCAGCAAACUAUACCCUGAUUAUCUACACCAGAAAUCCCAAUGAAAGUGUAGAAGUGGCUCUUGAAACAUCUCCUGGAAAUGCAUCUUAUGAUGUAAGAUAUAUGAUUACAGGUGACUUGAAAGCAUUGAUUAUGACAUACAGGACUUCAGGUAACGCGAAUUCCACUUUGCUGAUUACCCUCCAAGAAUCUGCCAACAUCUCCUUUGAGAUUGAAUCAGAUGACCAGUCUAGUGAAGUACAACUUGAAGAGGAAGAUGAUGAAAUGGAGUCAACAGUGUCACCUACUGACCCACCACAGAUGUUUAGAUCCUUGAGCACAGAUGGAGAAAGUACCGUUAAAGCGUUUGCAACUGCAAGAAGUCCAGCAAACUAUACCCUGAUUAUCUACACCAGAAAUCCCAAUGAAAGUGUAGAAGUGGCUCUUGAAACAUCUCCUGGAAAUGCAUCCUAUGAUGUAAGAUCUAUUAUUACAGAUGACAUGAAAGCAUUGAUUAUGACAUACAGGACUUCAGGUAACGCGAAUUCCACUUUGCUGAUUACCCUUCAAGAAUCUGCCAACAUCUCCUUUGAGAUUGAAUCAGAUGACCAGUCUAGUGAAGUAGAACUUGAAGAGGAAGAUGAUGAAAUGGAGUCAACAGUGUCACCUACUGACCCACCACAGAUGUUUAGAUCCUUGAGCACAGACGGAGAAAGUACCGUUAAAGCGUUUGCAACUGCAAGAAGUCCAGCAAACUAUACCCUGAUUAUCUACACCAGAAAUCCCAAUGAAAGUGUAGAAGUGGCUCUUGAAACAUCUCCUGGAAAUGCAUCCUAUGAUAUAAGAUCUAUGAUUACAGGUGACAUUAAAGCAUUGAUUAUGACAUACAGGACUUCAGGCAGUGUGAAUUCCACUUUGCUGAUUACCCUUCAAGAAUCUGCCAACAUCUCCUUUGAGAUUGAUUCAGAUGACCAAGUGGCCAUUGUUGAGCUUGCAGAGUACAUUGUGUUGACAAAAACAUUGAGCACCCAGGGAAGUAGUGCUGUUAGAGCUUUUGUCUCAUCAAAAAGCCCUGCAAACGUUUAUGUAGUCAUCUACACAAGUAAUCCAGGUGACAUUGCUGAUAUUAGUGUCGUUACUGUCCCUGCAAAUGUUGCUAUUGAUGUGACACCGGUGAUAAGUAAUGAGCCAGAAGCCUUAACUUUAUCCUUCAGAACUUUAGGAAAAGUCAAUACAACUCUCUUCAUUGAACUCCAAGCUCCUGCUAACAUUUCUUUCAAAGUUGAAACACUUGAUUCAGACAGUUUAGUUGACCUAUUUGAUGUGUUUGUUGAAUCAACGCCAAGUCCAACUUUGCCUUCUACAACAGGUCCGACUCCGCCUACCACUACCACUAGACCAGCUGAGAUGUUUACUUUCAGGAAGGCCUUGUUCGCCAUGGGAGAUAAGACUGCAGUAGCCUCCGUGGACACAACUGGUGUGACAAUGUAUACUCUUGUUGUAUUUGCACUUGAUGCAGUGAUUGAUGUUCAGACCCUCCCCGAGGGUCUUGCCAUGGAUGUUAGUUCUGAGGAAAGCUCUGAAGCAUUAAUAACAACAUUCAGUACCUUUGAGCCAACUAGUUUGAAAAUGUUUGUUGACCUAAAUGGUCCCGCUAUUGUAACACUAAAGGUCGAUUCGACAGAUGCCUCCACUUUUGUUAGCCUUGCUGAAGUAACUGAGGUUGUCACUGAGCGUCCGGAUACCACACUUUCUCCAGUAGCUGUUCAUCGUUUCAUCGAGGAGUUACUGACUGUAGAAAGUACAACUGUAACAGGUUUGGUAGCCACCAGUGGCCCUGCAAAUUACACUGUGAUUGUUCACUCUAGGAAUCCAAGAGAAACUGUUAGUUUAAGAGUAGAGACGGACCCUGUUGAUCUUGCUAUUGGUACUACUGUAUUCAUUGAGGAAGGUGAAGAAGCAGUUGCCAUGGUUUUCAAGACAUUGGAAGCAGUAAACACAACUAUCUUCAUCAGCCUGGUGGAACCUGCUAAUAUCACUAUUCAAGUAGACUCCUUUGAUCAAUUUAGCACUGUGUCACUUCUUGAUGUUGGAACUACAGUGCAACCACCAACCAUGACUUCACCUACCGCUGUGGUCCAUGACUCUCAAGUUGAACUGAAUACAAGUAGCAGUGCCCUCAUUGAAGCAUUUGUCUCCACCAGUGGUCCAGCAAACUUUUCUCUCUUUGUGUACACAAUGAAUCCCAGUGAAAAUGUUGUUGUUGCUAUUGAAACCCAACCGGCAAAUCUCACAUCUGAUGUUAAAUAUCUCUUUAAAGAUGAUGAGCAGGCUUUAGCUGUCUUAUUUUCAGUUUUGGAACCGAGCAACACUACCUUGAGAAUCACUGUGAUGGAUGCAGCACAGAUUAUCUUGAAUGUGGAGUCUGAUAGUGAGCUGGUUGUCUUACUUGAAGAAAUGGAGUCUACAAGUAGAGAAACUCCAACCAUGACAUCCCCUAACACUGUGGUCCAUGACUUUCAAGUUGAACUGAAUACAAGUAGCAGUGCCUUCAUCGAAGCGUUUGCCUCCACCAGUGGUCCAGCAAACUUUAAUCUUUUUGUGUACACAAUGAAUCCCAGUGAAAAUGUUGUUGUAGCCAUCGAAACCCAACCAGCGAAUCUUACAUCUGAUGUUAAAUAUCUCUUUCAAGACACUGAGCAGGCUGUGGCUGUCUUAUUUACAGUUGUUGAACCGGCCAAUACUACCUUGAGAAUUACUGUGAUGAACGCAUCACGUAUCAUCUUGAAUGUGGAGUCUGAUAGCGAGCUUCUUGUCUUACUUGAAGAAUUGGAGUCAACGAGUAGAGAAAUCCCAACAACAAUGGAUCUUUCCACAUCGAUGCCUACCCUACCAUCCACAACAGAAUCUGCUGUUGUACAGAUUGUAUCAAGUAAUUUUACAAUCUCAGGUCCAGCAAAUGUUUCGUUUACGUUCGACCUAGUGAAACCAGCAACCAUCUACAUUAUGCUCAAUGCAUCAUCAGAGGGUGGAUUGACGAGUGUACCAGAAGAUGCAGUCCAGUUGGAGAGCAUCUUUGAAGAUGGAAACAGCCUCUAUAUUCUCACGUCCUUGACACCAUCCAAUGUCACUUUUGUCUUGAGUGCAGAUGAUGCAGCGCUCAUAAUGACAACAGUUGAAGCCAUCAAUGCAAACGAUGUUGAUGUUGUCAUAGAAACAAUGUUAAAACCGACAGACGAACCAGAUGUAGGUACCACGCCGCAUUUGUUUGACACCACAGCAGCAUUGCCGACUACCCCUACAUUCUUGCAACCUGUAACAAUUAUCAGGACUUUGAGCACCACUGGAGUGACUCAAGUGGAAGCAAGGGCAUCAACACGCGGCCCUGCUAAUUAUAGCCUCACUGUUAACGUCCCAAAUCCAUCACAAAAUACCCAAAUCAAUGUCUUGGUGGAACCCAAUGGUGUGGCUUCCAACUUCCAAGUGUCGGCCUCUCCGGGUCAGGACGCAAUCACAUUGCAGUUUAUGACAUCCCAGGAAUCGGAUGUUAUCAUCUUUCUGACCACACUGGAAGAUGCUUUUUCCACCUUCACCGUCGAGACAGUGGGGUCGUCAAGCACAGCAGAUUUGAUUUCUGGCUCUCAGCCAUCAACACCUCGAAGCACCAUGGCAACAGAUAUGACAUCAGCAACUACAAUAGACCUGUCCACACUCACAAGCAGGACUCCAUCUGGGCCUGUUAGGUUCAACAGAAAUCUGGAGACAGAAGGUGCGUCUUUAAUCCAUGCUGUGUCGACCACAUUAGAGCCUGCAUUCUAUGAAGUUGUUGUGGUCAUCCCAGACCCAAAUGAGAACACAGAUAUCGGCAUACUGACGAAUCCCCAGGGCCUGGUGAGUGAUUUGAACAUUAUUGAGGACAAUAACCCAAAGAGGAUGACUGUCAGAUUUCAAGUAAGAGAACCAGCCUACACGUUAAUCUCAAUGACUCUGUUGAAAUCAGCGAACAUAUCCUUUAGUGUAGAGACAGCUGAUUCUGAAGCUCUUGUCGAUCUGCUUGACAUGACUCACCUGUUAGUUACACCAGGAACUACACCAGGAGGUGAAGGUGGGAGCUCAUCAGCGGCAACAACACCUGUAGCGGAGACUCCUCGCACUACUGAGCAACCAUCCACCACCAAAGUACUUACUAUGACAAGUAGUGUGAUGUCGACCUUGACUGAUGUGGUGACAGAUGCUAGUACUGCUACGCCAUCGAUGGGACCUCUUGCUCCUCUCUCUAUUACUAGGACACUUAUGACAAUGGCCAAUGUUGAUGUGCAGGCUUUUGCUUCUCUAGAUAGGCCUGCUGACUUGAAGGUAGAGAUCUACACUAACAAUCCUAGUCAGACCACAGGAAUAAGUGUUUUAACUGACCCACAGGGCCAGGCAACUGACUUUAUGGUACAAGCAAGCCAGAAUCCAGAUAAAUUCACAAUGACAUUCAAAACAGUUGCUGCAGCGCAAACAUUUGUUUAUCUUAAUUUAUUGGAAGCUGCAAAUACCUCUUUCACCGUUGAGACAGCAAGCCGAGGAAGUGCUUCCAAUCAGGUGACACUCAUGCUUGUGGGAGAUUCAACAAUUCCACCCCCAACUACAGAAAUGACACCAUUGGUAGUAAUGAACACAUCACAGUCUAUCUUCCCCACAGGACCUUCACAAAGUACUAUCUUCAUCAAUGCGAAAUCACCUGCUUCUGUCUUAAUUGAUGUAAAUGGGUCUGCAGCAUAUACCUGGACAUCGGAGGAAGAAGAUGCUUUCCAAGUUGAACAAUUCAGCCUUCCUGAGCUAGGCUCCUUUAUGCGACUCAUCAUAUCCAGGCCAGUCAACAUCACUGUGACAGUAGGCACAACAAGUGAUGUUGAGAUUGUCACCACAGUGAUGAGUAUGACAUCGGAUGCAGCUGUGGUUACUUUACUAACGGAGAGCUUCAGCACCUCCACUCUACAGCCCACCCAAGCAAGCACGGAGGGAAGCAGCAGUACUACUGAAUUUCCAGUGGCGAUGACCCAAGACCCAGUUAGUCCUGGCACAGCUGUCAGGUCGUUGAGGACUCUCAGCAGGGGUUCCGUUGUUCAGGCGUCGGCUGUAACUUUCAGACCUGCAGAGUUCCUGUUUGAGAUUUACACACCAAACCCAAGAGAUACUGUAUUUACUAACGUGCAGACUACUCCAAGUGGUCGUGCGGUCAACUUUGAGAACUCCGUUGAUGGGAACAAGAUGCUUGUAAGAUUUAAGGUCUUGGAUUCAACAGAAACGCAGACAUUGGUCACUUUGACGUUCAAUGAGCUGGCCAAUGUCUCCUUCACUCUUACUAGUGAUGAUGAGGUCAGUCAAGUCUCUCUGCAGAAUCUUUCAGAGAUGACUCCUACAACUCCAGGAGGCAUGACAGACACCGGUAGGACCAGCUACGUCGAAAUCUUAACUCCGGAAGAGCCAUCAGUUACCGUUAUAGAUAUUUCAACUACUAACCCAGCAACUUAUACUAUCAUCGUUAGUACCAGCAAUCCCAAUGAGACAGUAGAAGUGUCAGCUGAAUCUACACCUGAUGUAACAAUAGCAGAAUCUACAGUCAGUCUGACCAGCUAUGUUCUUGUGGCAACAGCAUCGGAAGCAACCAACAUCUCCUUCUAUGUGACAACCUUGAAGUCAGCAUCAAUCAAUGUAAGUGUCGACACGGCAGAUGCAGAAGAUACUUCAUCUGUACGGUUCUCGACUGAAGCCUUGCAAGACAUGACAACGUCAAUGCAGUUCUCAAAUGUCAGUAGGACGACGUCUACAUCAGGUGGUGUAACAACAUUAGUCUCCGUCCAGACCCUUGAACCUUCCACCAUCUAUCUUAUCGUCAAUGCAUCCGCUGAGAUCAGCAUAGCAGCAGAUCCUAUUGGGUCUGUGGAAACGGAUACUUUCCAUAUGCUUGGGUCUAGCGUGCUUCAAAUUACCACAGCAGUCCCAACAAACAUUACUCUUUACAUCACGACCAGCAAUGCUGCUCUGAUUGAGACAAUAGUGUCCUCACUGAACCCAUCGUCUGCUGUCAUCUUGAUACAAGAUGAAGUGAGCUCCACCCUUCAACCUCUUGUUACUUCUGUUGUCAUGACAACGACUAGAACCCGAGGCGAUGCAACCAUCAUUGAAGUAAACGGCGUCUUCAGCGACGAAGUCACCGUCUUCUGGAGUUUCGAUCCAGAAGACGAGCCGUUCAUCCAAGGGUUCAUCCUUCAGUACCGGGAGGUCGGCGUUGAUGAGUGGACCAACUCGUCACUCAUACUGCCUUCCUCGCGUCUAUUCAAGCUGACUGGACUUGGGGAGAACACGCUUUACUUCCUGAGAUUGAUUGCUGUGGACAGGUCCGCUAACCCAGCAGCGUUCUCGUUCCAGAAACCAGUCAAGACCUUGUCGAGAAACUUAAUGGACCCGGUACCUGAUCGAGGCCAGCUGAACUCUUUCGACCCGUUCUUUUGGAUAAUUACAGCGGCCGUCAUCUUAGUUGUCCUCCUACUGGUUUCCCUCGUCACUUCGUUGAUUCUGUACACUCGGAGAAAAACGGCCGAUAAAAACAGCAAUGGCAGCGGAGGUUCACCCGCAAUUCUGGAUGAUCAGGUUUAGGCGAGGCUGAAGUUGCCAGGAACUCCUUGGACCUUGUCACUUUGGCUGAAUGAGUUCAAUAUAUAAACUCUUUUGUUUUAAUUAUACAUAUUUGUUUAAUUUAGUGUGAAAAUAGCUUUCCAUUCACUGAAAUGUGUUACACGUUAAAU